AUGAUUGAAAUGAACUCAAUGAGUAAAUUCGGUCUUGCGUUUGAGAGGAUCAUUCGUCAUAGAAAAAUUCAGCGAGACUCUACCCAAACAACAUGGCUGUUUGAUGUAAAUGUAAAUUGUGACUCCUUAAAAUAUGUACUUAUUAUCUGUUCUAACUAUCCCAAAUUUAAACGAGUUCCAGAAAAAACAUCUGCUGUAAGGAAACCCACCAAAGUUGAUGUCCUUAUAAAUUGCGAACCAAAUAAGUUGUACAGCAAUGGGGCUUUAUUGUUACAGUUGUAUGAAGAAAGCUAUCGCUAUUUAAGUGGAAUUAACAGAACCAGUUCUACCGAGGCAAAUAUGUUUAAAGAAUAUGCUUUCCAGCCCGCAACAAUAAAUAACUGGUUUCUAGGGGUGGCACAACACCUUGCAGUCAAUUUCCGCAGCACUAGCGAUCCACACCUACAUGGAUUUGGCUUAAAACUCUGCAAUAAUGGUGAUGGUAUAUUAAUUACAAUAACUCGGACGGUUGGUAUAGGUGAACACGAAAAAUAUCUUCCAGAAGCAAGAAAAAGCGUAUUAAACGCAAGUAAAUGUGAUCAAUUUAAUUUUAUAUUUAAGGAUCUACACAAAGCUGGCUACCUUACAAUGUUUAGUGAAGAUAACCCAAAGUGGGGUACCUUUCAUUAUCGUCUGAAUGGUUUUAAUAUUGCGCCAACAUCUUGGUAUAAUCGUCCGUUUUGGCUCGCUAAGAAACCCUCUCAUAAAUGCGACGUUGAAUAUAACAAUAUAAUGCUAAAAACUUUCACUGAAACUUUCAAAGGCUUGCCAAAAGUAUCUUUCGUAAUCAAUUCAGCCAUUGCACACAAUGAUUUUAAUGGUUUACAAGUAAUUGAUGAUGACAUAUUUGAAAUCAUAAAUUAUUUUAAAUCUCCAGUCAGGAUUAACCAUUCCAUUUUUAUAAUAUUUGGAGAUCAUGGGCGGAUUGGCCCUUUUCGCUCAACACUUCAAGGUAAGUUAGAGGGAUUGCCAUUUUUUUCAAUUACUUUACCUCCAGACUUUAAUGUUAAAUAUCCAAAGAUGUUUACAACUUUGAAAAAAAAAUCGAAUGUUUUAACCAAUCAUUUUGAUAUUUAUGCUUUUCUUCAUCAUAUGUUGAGUUACCCAGAUCUUCCAAAUAAGACAUUUAUUGGUCAGAGUUUAUUUACUAAAAUUGAUCCUAAAAUUAAAACUUAUCGUAACUCUGGUGUUGAAGAACAUUGGUGUCCUUGUCUAAAUUAUAAAAGAGUUCCAAUAACAGAUGCAAAUGUGCAAUUGGUUGCCCAAGAAGUUGUUCACUUUAUAAAUUCUCUUAACAAUAAAAAUGAAAAUUCUGCAAAACUUUGUUUUAACUUAACAUUAGGAUAUAUUUUAUCAGCAGGCUUAAAAACUCCGAAGAAAGCAGUCAUUCAAUAUGUAAACACCUCUAAAAAUCAAGAGUGUGAUUCAUGCGGAACUGUUUACGAUACUAAGGCUAUAUCUCAAGAAUAUUAUGAAGUUGUUGUUGCGGUAUUACCUAGCAAUGGAAUUUUUGAAGCAAAUGCUAAAGUUUUACCCAAUAAAAAAAUUAUUGUAGAUCCAAAUAUCAGCAGAAUAAACUUAUAUGGAAAUCAACCUCAUUGUAUUAUUAAUGAAUUUCCUCACCUUCGUCCGUACUGCUAUUGUGUGUGAAUGUCAUUCUUUAGUUUCCAUAUAGACUUAGUUUGAAAUUUAAAUAUAUUCAAAAAGUGCUUAGGUUUCA